AGGACCAAGCCCUAGCAUUGAAAUGCCGAAACAGCCUUCCCAUACGCCGUCCGAUAAUGACCAGAGCAGCGCCAGUGAGCUCCGGGCAGCGGCACUGGAUUGUAAUCUCACUUCCCUUUGUGACCACAUCCAAUUGGAAGGUUUCAAUAAUGGCGCUUUCUCAGACGUCAUCGUGCAUGCCAUGGGGUCCACUUACCAUCUCCAUCGCUUAAUUCUAUCUCGUAGCUCUUACUUCAGAAACAUGCUUCAGGGACCCUGGAGAGAAGCUAAUGCGCCAAUCUUGACCUUGCAUGUUGAUGAUAGCAAUGUAAAUGGGGAGGCUAUCUCAAUAGCUUUGGCAUAUCUCUAUGGACAUCAUCCUACGCUUACGGAUAAUAAUGCAUUUCGAGUUCUUGCAGCUGCAUCCUUUCUUGACCUUCAGGAUUUGUGUGCAUUCUGCACAGAUUUCAUUGUGUCUGAAUUGUGGACUUCAAACUUCUUAGCAUAUCAGGUAUUUGCAGAGAGCCAGGAUUAUGGUAUAUAUGGAGAACGAGUUAGGAACGCUUGUUGGGGUUACCUAUGUCAAAGUGGUGCCAUAGAACUUAAGGAGGUGCUGCCUAAGCUAUCCUCUCAAACUUUGCAUGCCCUGUUGACUUCCGAUGAAUUAUGGGUGCCCAGUGAAGAAAAAAGGUUUGAACUGGCAUUAUAUGCUCUCCUUGCAAAAGGUGCUCUUGGCAAGGUGGAGAACGAAGACUCUGGAAAUUGCAGUUCUGAGGUGGGAAAAGCUGAUUACGCUGAUGAUUCUAUAGGAAGUGGAAAUAACUUGAUUGAGGAUUGCCCUAAAAGAUUGGAACUUGAACUCGGGUGUAUCGAUUUAAAAGAUGAGCACGAAGGCCAAAAUGCUGCGCACAACAUUUUGGUUGAGCUUGCUGAUCAGGUAGUUGAUUCACACUCUGAGGUUCAAAGUUGCAAACAGAAGGUUCAACAAACAGCAUGUGAACAAUCCAACACGGUGGCAGAAUACCGUUCCAAACUUGGACAAGCAUCAUCAAGCAGCUCCUUUCCAUAUACAGGUGGUGGAACUGGGUCUUCAUGUUCUUAUUUUGAAAUGCCAAGUGGUGUUCGUCCUUGUGGAUUGGGGGGAAGUACAAUGGCAAUGGAAGGACCUUCUGAGGAAGAUUCAUGCUACCAACUGAAUAAUAACAGUUGGCUUCCUGGAGAUGAAAGACAUAGCAUGUCCAUGAACUUUUCUCGUGAUGCAAGUCUGUCCAGCGAAUGGGGAAGAUGCAAUAUGCCUCCUCUAUCAUGGGGUGGUAGGACUGUUGGGCGAAGAGAGGUGAAAAGUUGCUUGACUGGGCAUGAUGGUCUGAGCAGGGAAUAUUAUGAUGCUUUUGUCAGUAUAUUUGAAGCUGGCACUCUUUUAUAUUGCAAUAUGUCUUUUGAAGCUCUUCUAAGUGUCAGAAGGCAGCUUGAAGAAAUGGGAUUCCCUUGCAAAGCUGUGAAUGAUGGGCUUUGGCUGCAGAUGCUACUAAGUCAGCGAGUUCAAGAAAUUGGAGCUGAGACAUGCAAAAACUGUUGCCUUACGAGUAUGGUAUGUGCAUGUAGGCAACCAUAUGGAUAUCCUUGUAGUGUUCCAGCUACUGGGUAUUACAUGCAAGGUCAUGACCAGAGUAAUCCAUCCAGUGAUAUUGGAAACGUGUUUGUUACUGGUUCUGUUCAGGGGGAAGGAAAUGGCCACUUCAGGCCUGUGCGUGUACAUAUUCGAGGACCUAUUGAUGGGCUUGCUGGUAUUGGACGAGGAACUACAUGUGUGCCAGCAGCUGCAUGGACUCCAACACGUUUUGUUUUUUCUCGCGUACCAUUUGGUAUGGGUAGCCGGAACUGUCAGCAAUCUAUCGGUAAUGAUGAUCCAGAGAAUAGAGCUGAGCAAAAUGGAGACCUUGCUGGGGAUGGUUUGACAGCAUUGGUUGGGCUAAGUCAGGGAGGAAGUCAUAUGGGUAAUAUUCAUGGGGAGCAGAUACCAAGAGAUUAUGAAACAGAAUUACAAAGCAGACUGGUAGAUUCCUCUGUGACUGGGCCAAGUACUAGUGGUAGGCAUAUGCAAAUGCUGGAUUCUUCUGAGCAUGAUAUUGGAAUUGAGUGGCAAAGCACGAACAAUGGGAUAUCAUUGGACAUGAAGACACCUCUAAGUCACUUCCCUCCCUUCCGCUUUGCGGUUGAGUUUCAGGAUGUACACAGGCUGGGUGAUGGUCAAGUGAAGCACUCUCCAGAAGUCUUUUAUGCUGGUUCGUUGUGGAAGGUGAGCGUUCAGGCUUUUAGUGAUGAAGACCCUCAAGGGCGGAGGACCCUGGGACUUUUCCUUCAUCGGCGGAAGGCUGAGAUAGCUGGUACAGUGAGAAAGGUCCAUAUGUAUGUUGAUUCUCGUGAAAAAGUCACUGCUAGAUACCAGUUGAUAUGUCCAUCAAAGAGAGAAGUAAUGGUCUUUGGAAGCUUUAAGCAAACAGGAACACUUUUGCCCAAGGCGCCCAAGGGAUGGGGCUGGCGUACGGCUUUGCUGUUUGAUGAGCUUGGUGAUCUUCUGCAGAAUGGGGCGCUGCGGGUUGCGGCUGUUGUACAGCUUAUAUGAAACUCAGCUUUGCAGUGCGAGGACUGCAGUUCGGAGCUUUGUCAGAACUUUUAACAAGAAGCUAAAUCUUUAUCGCAAGAGUUUUACAAAGGCCAACCAACAUUGGACUGGAAACACAGAAAAAGUUCUUACUUGUUUUCGGAAGUUAUUUAAGCGUGCUGCUGGAAGAAAUAUACAUCCAAUACUUGAAACAUAAUUAGCCCAUUGUGAAGGGGUAAUGUGUAUUUUGAGCUAUCUUUAUCAACAUAUAAUUAGCUCAUUGUGAGGCUGAUAAUGAAUGCUGAAUUAGUAAAUGAUAUUAAGCGUUAUUGUCGAUAGAGAUUCGAAUCUUCUAUUAAAACCCGUGCCAUUAUUAUCUAUGUUGUAACUGAUAUAGUUGUUGUUCUA